CAAGCACCAGUCUACAAGUACAAUUUUAUUGUAUUGCGACUCUGUCCUCCUGGAGCAUAUGAAAAUGUGGUCAAUUCAGAUGCUCCUUUUCAGCUUUGCUUUGUUCAUGCAGUUCCAGUUCUCUUCAGCACAAAUCCUGUUUGGAAAUUGCACCACGAACGCUGAGUGUCCACCAUACUCAGAAUGUGUCGAUGGCCAAUGUGAGUGUGAAGAAGGCUACUUUCCCCAGGACGCUCCAGCUGAUAUUGAGGGACUUCCUCUAACCCUUUGUAUUGCGUCUAAGUGUGACCCGCUGGAUGAAAAUGCCUGUAAUGGCGAUGGGUACUGUGUAGUUGGUGCGGGGAGAAUCUACUGUGUUUGUGACCCAGGAUAUACGGGAGUCGAAUGCGAAACUAAAACCUCAACUAUGAUGACUACAAGUACAACUACAACUAGCACUACCACGAGAAAAGUUAACAUUCUUCCGGCAGUUCUGGGUGGUGGUGCUGGCCUUAUCACUCUUGCUGCAAUAGCAGCUGCGCUCGCUUCAUCCAGCGGAUAGGUGUUUCCCGAAGCUCUGUUGUAUCAAACUCAAUAAAUGAUGCGGAGUAUCUGGAUAGUAUCUGUCAGUUUAUAUAAAUAAAAAAUGAACAGCA